GAUGGUGUUGAAUACAUGAAUCCUGUCAUCUCUUUUUAAACUUUUCCAUCCAAACUUCUCUUGCAGAUGCCGACUGACAUAGGCAGCUGGAAAUUCAAGCCAACAGAAAUCCUUAUUACCACUUCAAAUAGCUCAUGUUCUCUCUCCCAUAUAGGCUAAAGUUCUUCCCAUCAGUCCCAAUGAAAUGUUUUUCUAGGAAAACUAAGUUUCCAGUGCGAAAUAGUUGUUUCUUGUCUACUUUCCCAUGAGAGUAAUUAAAAUUACAAAUGCCCUAACUAGCUGAAAGGAAAUUAAUAGGCAUGAAGUCAAUGCCUCAGGGCUUCCAGUGUGACUUCAGUAUUUUAGUCUUUUUUAUAUAUAAACAAAACACAAGAAUAUUCCCACCUCCAUGGUCUUCUUUUCAUUCUUCCUGCCUCAGUGACACCACACACAGUUGAGCUGAUCCUUUCAGUGAAGUACACAAAAAUUUGUAGCAGAGUUUAUUAAGGCAGGAGUGCUUUGAUUUACAGAAACUAUGCCAUUUGCCAAGUUCUCAUGAGCCAUUUUCAUACUUAUUUUUUAAGUUGUAGAAGUCACAUUUCAGGUGAUGCCAUACCUCUGCUUAAGUGCUGGCAAACCUCAUGAGUUUUUCAAUCGUGGCAGAAUGGUUUGAGUUGAGAGGGACCUUAAAGAUCACCCCAUUCCAUCCCCCUGCCAUGGACAGAGACACUUUCUGCUGGACCAGUUUUCUCCAAUCCAGCCUGGCCUUGGACACUUCCAUGGGAGGGGCAGCCACAGCUUCUCUGGGCACCCUGUGCCAGGGCCUCACAAUCCUCGGAAGAAAUAUUUUUUUUUCCAGCGGCAGCGCCCCGAGCAGGAGCAGUGUGGCCGCAGGGGACCCCGCACUCACAGAAAGUCUCUUUGCCGAAGCGGGCGUUGAUCAUGAACCACUCCAUGGCUCCGCCGAGCACGAAGAAGAAAGGCAGGAACCUGUAAAAGCCAAAGCGCCGCUGCCCGGGCACAAACUUCAAAAGGCGCUUCAACCUCUCGCUGACCAGCAUGGCCGGGCGGCACCGGCGCCUUGGCCCUUCCCGGGCGGGAACGCGCGGCCAAUCAGGGCCACGCCCGCCGCGCGCGACCCCGCGCCACGCGCCGCUCACCUCCCGCGCGCGGCCGGACAGGAGGACGAGCCGCGCGCCCACGUGACCCCCGCAGCGCCUCGUCUGAUUGGCCGGGGCGGGGGCGGGGGCGGGGCCUGGCGCGAGAGAGCCGUGAGGGGCCGGCCCCGCCUUGCGCGGCCCCUCUGGGCGGGGCGCGGCCCGGCCGGCCCCUACACCGGGGAUUGGCCGCCCGCCGGUGCCGCCGCGGGCCGGGCAGCGCAGCCGAGCAGCCCCGGCCGUGCGCGGUGCCCCGAGGCUGCGGCGUCCGGCGGGGCCAUGGCGGUGGUGGGCUCGGCGGCGCUGCGGAGGGGCAGCGGCGCGGCCCCCUGGCUCCUCUCCGUGGCCGUGUCCUGCCAGAGCUGCCGGCACAAAGCCACCGGGGACGGUGGGCACGGGCAGCCCCGGGAGCAGCAGCCGGCGGCCCCCGGCAGAGUGGGCGGCCAGCCCGUCCCGGCCGAGGGCGCCGACACCAAGACCUACCUGUGGGCCAGGUACCACGAGAUGAAAAAGCUGGUCUACGAUCUCCUUCCACCAGGAGUCUGCAAUCUCCUCAACCCCGCUGCCAUCUACGCUAACAAUGAGAUCAGCCUGGGAGAUGUGGAGAUCUAUGGCUUUGACUAUGAUUACACAUUAGCACAGUAUUCUAAUUUACUACACUCCAUGAUUUUUAACACUGCCAGAGACAUCCUAAUAGAACAAUUUAAGUAUCCAGAAGGGCUUGGGAAGUAUGACUACAUUCCAGGGUUUGCCAUACGAGGACUUCACUAUGAUGUACAAAAGAGUCUUCUCAUGAAGAUCGAUGCUUUCCAUUAUGUCCAGCUGGGGACUGCAUAUAGAGGGCUCAAACCGGUGCCUGAUGAAGAGGUGAUUGAACUCUACGGUGGUACACAGCACAUCCCCCUGUACCAGAUGAGUGACUUCUAUGGCAAGGGUCCAUCACUUAAGCAGUUUAUGGAUAUUUUUUCUCUUCCUGAAAUGACACUGCUCUCUUCAGUCAUUGAUUACUUCAUCAAUCAUGGCAUUGAGUUUGACCAGGUGCAUCUCUACAAGGACAUAUCUGAUGCAAUUAGAGAUGUUCAUGUGAAAGGAGUGAUGUACAAAUGGAUUGAAAAAGAUAUGGAACAGUAUAUUCUGCAUGGGGAUGAAAUCUAUGCUGUGCUAAACCGCCUGGUGAACCACAAGAAGAAACUGUUUCUCAUCACAAACAGUCCCUUUAGCUUUGUGGACAAAGGAAUGAAACACAUGGUUGGCAAGAACUGGCGGGAUUUAUUCGACAUGGUCAUUGUGCAAGCGGACAAGCCCAACUUCUUCACUGACCGCCGCAAACCUUUUCGAAAACUGGAUGAUAAAGGCUCACUGCAGUGGGACAAAAUAAACCAGCUGGAGAAGGGAAAGAUCUACAAAGAGGGCAACCUCUUUGAUUUCCUGAGGCUGACGGGCUGGCGUGGAUCCAAAGUGCUCUACUUUGGUGACCAUCUGUACAGUGACCUUGCGGACCUCAUGCUGCGUCAUGGCUGGAGGACUGGAGCUAUCGUUCCUGAACUGGAGACAGAGAUCAGGAUCAUAAACACAGAGCAGUACAUGCACUCCCUGACCUGGCAGCAGGCUCUGACAGGGCUGCUGGAGAGAAUGCAGAUGUAUCAGGAUGCAGAGUCAAAGCAAGUACUGUUGGAGUGGAUGAAGGAACGGCAGGAGAUCAGGUCUCUGACGAAGAACCUGUUCAACCCCCAGUUUGGAAGCAUCUUCCGCACCUUCCACAACCCCACGUACUUCUCCCGCCGCCUGGUGCGCUUCUCUGACAUCUACAUGGCUUCCAUCAGCUGCCUGCUCAACUACGACGUGAAUUUCACCUUCUACCCCCGGCGCACCCCUCUGCAGCACGAGGCGCCGCUCUGGAUGGACCAGCUCUGCACAGGCUGCAUGAAAACGCCCUUCCUGGAGGAGAUGGUGCACAUCCGGUGAAGGGCAGGUACUGCAGGCAGCAGCGGGGCGGGGCUGGAGGGGGCCGGGCUGCACGGCCGCAGCACCUCUGUCUACCACUAAAGGGCGUUCCACACUUG